UCCGGGGUGCUGCCCCCUUCUUCCUUGUCCUGCCUUGCAUGGGACCCGGGGAAUGCUGCCAGCUGGCCCCCCCUGACCCUCCUGACCCAUGCAUGAGGUCACAACGGGGGCCUCCUGGCUGUGUUACGCCUGGGAGGCUGCCCCUUCUUAGCUCAGCUGUCCCAGAGAGCCAUAGCCAGUCUGCCCUCCCCGCAGAGAGUAUCCUGGCCCUCCUCCAGCAGCCCCCUCCACCCCCACCCCAGAGCCCUGAUCUUCAGGCGCACCGAGACUCCCUGAGCCCAAUGAAACCCCGGAAACCCUCACCAGUUGUUCUGCCCGGAGAGCUCCACCUGCCGGAAGUGGAAGCGGAACUGCCGUUCCCACUGUGCUUCCCCAAGCCUGGCCCACUGCAGAGAGCCGUGGCGGAGGGCAACUACCCGCCCCUCGGGCCGUUCACGGCCAUGUUCGAGAGUGACUUUCUGCAGGUCACCAACAAGGGGGAGCCUGUCUUCCUGCACAAGAAGGAGAACCCGGUGACCAUGGCGGUGGCCUCCUCCUUCCCGGGGCUCCUGCUCCCGGACCUCGUCCUGCUGGCCCGGCCCGUCCAAAGCAAGAAGCAGCCUCCGCGGCUGGAGCUCACCAGGCUGCUGCCGGCACAGCUGGUCCGCCUGUUUGUCCACAGCGAGGCCGGAUGGAGGCUGAAGCUCCGCCUGGCCUCCGGCCGCAGUUUCUACCUGAGGCUGGUGGCCGAGCCGGCCGAGGGCUGCCUCCUGUUCAACCGCUGGCGCUUCCUGAUCUACCUGAUGCAGGGGCCCAUCCCGGCCUGGGCCCGGAGCCCCGACGAGCAGGCCGCCCAGGACGAGAGCGCCCCGAUGUCCGCAGCGGAGGCCCCCCCCAAACGGAAGGAGGUGGCCUUCCCUCCCCAGUACCCCGUCCCGAGGACCAAGGGGAGCCCGGGCUGGACCUGGGACAAAGCACUGCACUACCCCGGGCCGCUCUCCCAACUGAUGGACCAGCAGAGCGCCCAGGACCUCCCGGAAGUGAUGUCGAGAGCGGAAGCCGCCCCCAUGUCCUUCCGGUCCCAACAGAAGCUCCCAGUCAGGAGAGAAGAAAAGCAGAAAUCAGAGCCCACCCUUUUCAGGAGGAGCACCCCGGGGAGCCUAGUGGAAGUGGAAGGGCAGCCGAGCGUCACCAUCCGGACUCUGUUCUCCACAAUUUCCGGGUCUCACCUGUCUAAGGCUGCCGCACCAGCGGAGACGUCCUCUUCAGGGCCCUCCAGGCCACCCUCCCAAGAGCACCCCAAGGAGCCGGGCACUGCCAACAAGCUGCCGCUCCCCCAAGAGCAGCCGCAGCCCCAGGAGCUCCCCCAAGAGCAGCCGCAGCCCCAGGAGCUCCCCCAAGACCAGCUGCAGGGGACCAGCCGGCCUAAGGAGCGUGACUCCUCAGGGGAGCCCAGAACCGUAGCACUAUAUAUACUUAAAAAAAUUGAGGCCUGGGAUGCCUGGCGGUUCGGGUGGGUCCGCUGCCAGCCUCCGGAAGCCGCCGGGGUCGCCACAGAGCAGCCCAAGGACAACCCGAGGGACGGUCCGGAGCCCACCCAGGCCUCACAGCCCUGCGCCAGUUUCAAGGCUCUGAGGAAGGCUAUCCAGAAGCCACCGAGCUGGCUCACCAGAGCAUGGCAACAGGGCAAAAAGGUGGUCUGCACCUGUACCAGGGGCUCCAGCUAAUCCCCUGCCCAGGCCACCUAACUGCAUUAGAUUUUUUUUUUAUUUUUUUAAAAUAUAUUUUAUUUGAUUAUU